GUCAGGUUAAGGUGAAAACUCUCGAGAAUCAACGCCUUUUUUGUGGAUUAUAAUUCUAAUUUAAAACAGGUAGGCGUGUCAGCUAUAAAGAGGUAUACCAUGGAACUCACAAGCGCAGAAUAUCAAUAUAACCCCGACAACUUUGAGGUGACGGAACAAAUGCUAAAGGAUUAUAAUGAGCAUGGAUACAUAAUGAUUCGUGGAUUCCUGGACAAAGAGGAAACGACCAAAGUGACCAAAGUAUUGGAAGAGUCCGAAAUGAGGAGCAAAUAUGGCUAUGGGCUACCCGAUGGAACCGGAAAAGAGCCCAAAUUUGUCAUAUGGGGCCAUCCCGGAAAUGACGUCACUGGGAUGGUAGCUAGAAGUGAAAAAGUAGUAAAUACAAGUGAAAAGUUAUUAGGGGGAGAGGUUUACCAUUAUCACGCUAAGUUUGUACAAAAGGAUGCCCGAACAGGAGGGGGAUUACUGUGGCACCAGGACUACGGGUACUGGUACAAGAAUAGUAUCUUGUUCCCCCAACUUUUGACGUCCUUUAUCGCUGUGGACAAGUGCACUAAGGCUAAUGGCUGUCUACAGAUCCUACGAGGGUCCCACAAAUGUGGCCGUAUCGACCAUUUACCCUACUCAGGACAACACCAGGCCGAGCUGGAUAGGGUAAAAGACAUCAAGGCGAAAUGUCCCCUGGAAUACGUGGAAAUGAACCCCGGUGACGCAAUAUUCUUCAGUUGCAAUCUGCUUCACACCAGUGACGUAAACACAAGCGAUACCCGCCGAUGGGUUCUCCUGUAUUCGUACAACCUUAAGUCUAACAACUCCUUGCGCCCACAUCAUCAUCCCCAGUACACCCCAAUAGAGAAGGUUCCCAACUCGGCCAUUAAAGAGUGCACAAACUACUUCGACCUGUCUGGAAAGGAAUUUUUGGAUCCUGAUGUCGACAACACGGUCAAGGCUCACAAAUCAGAAUAUUAACAGUAAGGUUUAAGCAGCAACAAUUUCCGUGUCUGGACACCUACGUGACGCGUGAACUUCUUCAAGACGUAAUCAUAGACUAUUUUAUAAUAAGAAUAUCAACUUCGAUACAAACAGUUUGCUGACUUGAAGCAAUCUAAUUCAAUGAUUGAGGAACGACGAACACCAAAUCUGAUAUUUUUGCAAUGAAUAUAACAACUAUCUUUAAUCAGCUACAAGGAUAUCACACAUAACUAUGCUGAAAUAGUACAAAUAAUAAAUACAUACGCUCAUCGAAUAGUAUAGUUUUGUCUGUCAUGGUUAAUUGAUUGGUUUAUAUAGGGGUCGAACUAUGGAAAUGCACUGCUCUGUUACAUAGAGGAAAUUUGUUCCCCAUGGAAUGCAAAAAUGCGGCAAGUCUGAUGUCUAAAAACAUGACACUAAGUUGUUGUGCAGAGAUGUAUGUAUACUGAAGUCAUUGCAUACAAGUUUCAGUGUAGAGAGAUAGCAAUAUGUUAACACCGUGGUCACCAAAAUCAUUUAAUAUUUCUUUUAUAAAACAAAGUCUUUCGUAUGAACUUUUACUUAUUAUUCACCUUGAAGGCAAAGUGCAUAACUAAAUUAGCUAGUUAUUAACCGAAAUUUGUCAUAAAGUCAUAAACAAAAAGAGAAAUUCAUCCAAAGUAGUACAAGUCAUCUAAACCCCUCAUGUCAUCCAAAUUCAUAUUAGCAAUCAGCAACAAAGUAACAUUUUAAACUGAAUAAUAAACAAAAGUCAAAUAAUUCAUCGGCAAAAAAUGAAUUCAGUCAUAUUAGUCAUCAACAAAAAAAAGUAUCAUUCAAAGACGAGAUCAAGCGUCUUUUUAACAAACAAUAUUUUCCAAACAAAGGCGGAUUGGUCAACAAAAGUCAAUAAUCAUAAUCAAAAUAGUCUUCCUUAGCAUACUAUUUAUUUACAUAUGUACAAAAUAGAUAUACCAUUCACGUACGAAUAAAGGCUAUCAACAGCCAAACAAUUCAUUAACAAAAAAAGUUAAAGUCAUACGUGUACCAGUCAUUUACCCUGUGCCUUCAACAUUUUAGAAUAACGGCACUUUGAAUAAAAAAAAUUAAAAUAUAUAAACAAAUAGCAUCGAGGGGUAAGGUCAAUAUUUGAAAACAAAUAUACAAAACAAAACAAUUUAACGACCAGAAAGCUUUCACAAUAAUUCAAAAUUACUAAAGAAAAGAAAAGCGGAAUAUCAGAAGAAGUUCUUUCGUUCUGUUAAUGAAA